UGCACACACAGUCAUGUGACAAUCAGUAAUGGCGGAUGUUCAUCACCACUGACACCUUCAAAGGUCACAAGAUAUGCUUUAAAUCGUAAAAUAGUAGAUCAAUAAUGUUUUUAUGACUACAGUCAGGUUGUUUCGGACAGUUGGAACUGUUGGCGAUCGUCGGCGUUGUUUGUCAGGAAGGGGGCAAGGCCCUGGAUUGGAGUAAACUGUCAACAACUGGGUCAACAGGGUCAAAGAACAAGUAGUUGUCUGGAGCUGUUGAAUGGACAAAGAUUUUCUGUGACCUCUGCAAGACAUUUAAGAAACCAUGCACUACCUCCAACUGUCCUACAAUGACUCCCGCGAGUGGAGCGCAGUGUAUCCCACCAUGGACCCGGACUUUCCCGUGAACUGCUCGGAACACGGCGGUGUGGAGUGGAUAUGGCACACGUUCCACCAGUGCGUGGUUGGUCCAAAGGAAUACACAGGUUUCAUCUUGGGUCUGGUGUCUAUACUGUGCUGGAUUGUAGUCAGUUUACCUCAGCUGUACAAAGGUUGGAAGAGCGGAAACGCUGACACGGCGCUGUCGUUACCGUUCCUGCUACUGUGGCUGUUCGGAGACACGGCAAACCUCAUAGGCUGUCUUCUCACGGGUCAACUGCCCAUACAGCUAUACACUGCAAUAUACUAUGUGUUCAUGGACUGCCUGAUGAUCUCACAGUGGUUCUACUGUCUAAUAAAGAACAGGAGAAAAAAUAAAAGUUUGAGUUUAGCUGUUCCUGGCGGUGACGAUUUUUCUGUCAACAAUGCUGUCCUCUCGUGCUGUCUGAUGCUGUCACUGAACGGCCUCGUCUUCGGCCUGUUCCCAUGGCAACGGGACGCCGCCAUGGCAACCGUCAAACACGCCUCCGGACGAUCCCUUCUCAACCACCCUCUCUUUCCUGAUGCCGAGAGUGAUGCUGGCUAUGCCGUCGGUAUCGGCUCCUCUGUGCUGUAUCUCGGGUCUCGUAUGCCUCAAAUCUACAAAAAUUGGAAGCGUAAGUCGACAGAAGGCCUGUCUAUCUGGAUGUUCUCUCUAGCCAUCCUGGGGAACCUGCUGUAUGGACUCCAGAUCCUGCUGCAAAGCACCAAGGGAUACUUCAUCAUCCGCCACCUCCCCUGGCUGGUCGGCAGUCUCGGCACCAUGACCUUUGACGCAACUUUAUUUCUACAGUUCUUUGUUUACGGAGCUGAAGACGAAGAAAAGGACAAUGGAGACACCACUCCUAUCCUGCAGACUGCAGAUGGGGCCAUCUCGGUGUGAUGUUGGCUGUCUUAGACUCACAGUCAAUCUUAGGAGAAGAUUCUUACUACGGAGAAGAUUAUUACUACUUAUGAGAACUUAUAAGAAGUACUUAUGAUCAUAGACAAGGAUUCCAUUUGUGAAAGUGCCCAUAGUAGACCUAUCCCAUCGCACAACGUACAUCUGUCUCAACGUGAAAAUAUGAAUGUGUUCGAUAAAGCAUACUCUUAGUUAGGAAUGAAAACUUAGACAGUGGUGUAGCUUGUCUACUAUUGGCUGAACUACUACACAUAUCAUUAUGAUGAAAAGAUUUCAUUGGUCGCAGUAAAUUAGAGGACGUCUAUGGUGAGCAAGGUUCUCUUGAUAAGCUGAACUGAAAUCCCUUGUUAUGGAAAUAUAUGUCAGGUUUUAGGAUCAAGUUCAGGCCUUGUAAAUACUUGUGGGUCUCCUUGGUCUGGAUACCAUGGGUCGAGCCGUAGAUUUGUUUCUGAAAGCUAUAAAGUGCUUAUAAAAUUAUAAGUACCAGUCCAUAUGAUGAAGUAAAUUAGAUGAUAUUAACCUCUUUUACUUUUACCCUUGAUUAUGUAAAUAAGGCCCUAAUUUGGCUGAUGGAUUCCGAUAUGGAAUACACCGUGUUGUAUUCUAUCCAACAUGGUGCAGAUGACAUCAAAGGAAAAGCCCUACGCACAAACAUACAUGUAAGGUCCAAACGUUUAAAUGGGGAUGGGUGCUAGACUACCUUUUAUUCAGCAAGGAAGCGAUCAGAGGAGCAAGUGUAGGAUGGAUAUGUUCAAACACAAUUAGUAAUUGCAACCAUAACAAAGUGGCAAAAAUAUAUACUAAGUAAGAUGUAUGUA